AUGGCCUCCCACUUCACCGAGAAUCAGUAUCAAAAAGAUAGACUCUUGGAGUUCACCAGGCCCGAGUACAUCGACGAGCUCUAUGAUUACACUGCACGUCCAAGGAGAAGUAUCUUGGAGGUUCUUCAAGAAUUCGACUCGGUCAAGAUCCCUUGGCAAUGGGCAGCUGCAGUUCUACCAGAACUACGUGGACGUCAAUUCAGUAUAGCCGGUGGGGGCCAGCUCAAAACCGAUAAUGCUGGUCACACCUCCUUUGAAUUGUUAGUUGCAAUCGUCAAGUACAAGACAGUGAUCAAGAAGAUCCGGGAAGGGGUUUGUACGAGAUACCUUGCCAAUUUGUCUCCUGGUAGUCACCUUCAAGUUUCCCUUCAAAAAGGAGGUCUAGGUCUCAAGACCAUAAACCUUACCAAACCUUUGGUCCUGAUUGGUCCGGGCACCGGAGUCGCUCCAAUCCGUUCAAUCAUUUGGGAGCGACUUCAGCUUGCCGAAAGUCAAAGUCGAGCAGAGGAUUCAGAACACCUUGCUUUGGAAGUGAGUGGUGUCGGAAAAAUGCUCCUCAUCUUCGGAUGCCGCAGUGAGGCGGCGGACUUCUUCUUUCGCGACGAGUGGGCGUCGAUUAGAAACAAGCUACCCCUGGAGGUCCAGGCGGCUUUUUCGAGAGAUCAGGUGCACAAAGUCUAUGUACAGGAUGUAGUGAGAGCCCAGAGGUCGGAGAUCUUCCGGCUCCUGCACGAUCUCGAAGGCACCGUUUUCGUCUGCGGUUCUUCUGGGAAGAUGCCUGCCGCAGUUCGCGUCGCCCUUACUGAUGUGUUCCAAAGCUGCAGUGCUAUGAACGAGGAGCAGGCCCAAGGGUAUCUUGCACAGAUGGAAAGGAGUGGAAGAUACAAGCAAGAGACGUGGGGCUGA